AUGAACCCUGACGGGAGCUCCUCCGCAGGGCCGUGCAACACCGCGUGUCAGUCGGAGGCAGGCGAGGCCCUGCGUCCAGGAGAGGCCUUCACGGUGUACCACACCAGUCCGAUGCUGUGUCUGCGUCCAGGAGAGGCCUUCACGGUGUACCACACCAGUCCCACGCUGUCCAGCCUGUCCAAACCCGUGGUGCUGUGGACCCAGCAGGACGUCUGCAAGUGGCUGAAGAAGCACUGUCCCCACAACUACCUGACCUACGUGGAGGCCUUCUCCCACCAUGCCAUCACAGGUCGCGCUCUCCUGCGGCUGAACGGGGAGAAGCUGCAGCGCAUGGGCAUCGUGCAGGAGACCCUGAGGCAGGAGGUGCUGCAGCAGGUGCUCCAGCUGCAGGUCCAGGAGGAGGUGCGCAACCUGCAGCUGCUCAGCAGAGAGCUGCAAUUUGAGAAGAGCGAAGAGCUUGUGUUCACGCAAGUGCCCAAGAAGAAGUUAGAGGAGGCGAGUCUCUGCGGGGACAAAUGUCAGGUCCGCUGCUAUUGGAACCCCCAAGAGCGCCGCUCGCUAUCUGUGUGGGAGCUUCGGUUGUGCCAGCAGCCACACACGACGACGGCGGACGACAUAUUGCGCGGCUAG